AUGCAGCUGUUUGUCCUUACACAGGCUCUGCACACCCUUGACGUGACCAGGCAGGAGACUAUCGCCCAGAUUAAGGCCCAUGUGUCAUCCCUAGAGGGUAUUACCCCCGAGGAUCAAGUCCUGUUUCUAAGUAGCUCCCCACAGGAGGAUGAAACCAUCUUGGGGCAGUGUGGGUUGGAGCCGCUGUCCACUCUGGAAGUAGCUGGCCGAAUGCUAGGAGGUAAAGUCCAUGGUUCUUUGGUCCCAGCUGGAAAAGUGAGGGUUCAACCUCCCAAGGUGGCCAAGAAGGAGAAGAAAAAGAAUACUGGAUGGGCCAAGAGGAGGAUGCAGUACAACAGACUCUUUGUCAAUGUAGUGCCCUCCUCUGGAAAGAAGAAGGGCCCCAGUGCCAGCUUCUAA